UAACAACACUUCAUUCAUUAAACACUAUAUAUACUACUCGUUACUUCCCUUCAAUUUCAUCAUAGCAAGCCAUAUAGCCUACUUACAUUCUCAAAUUAAUCUCUUAUAUACUAAGUUACCUUAUUAAUACUCUCUAAGUAUGGCUCAAUCCUUGAGCUUCUUAAUGGUUAUUGUUCUCCUUGCUUUUGCACCAAUUUGUUUCUCUAUUAAGACUUAUGGUGGCUACUUAUUCCCACAAUAUUAUGACCAAUCAUGUCCCCAAGCAAAAGAAAUUAUUAAGUUUAUUGUUGCCAAGGCUGUAGCCAAAGAAGCUCGAAUGGCUGCUUCAUUAUUGAGGCUGCAUUUUCACGACUGCUUAGUCAAGGGGUGUGAUGCAUCUCUACUUCUUGACAGCAGUGGAAGCAUAAUUAGUGAGAAAAGAUCAAAUCCCAACAGGAAUUCGGCUCGUGGAUUUGAAGUCAUUGAUGAGAUUAAGAAGGCAUUAGAAAAGGAGUGCCCUCAAACAGUUUCUUGUGCAGAUAUCUUGGCAUUAGCUGCAAGGGAUUCAACAGUUUUAGCUGGUGGACCAAAUUGGGAGGUCCCAUUGGGAAGAAGAGACUCCAGGGGUGCUAGUUUAAGUGGCUCCAACAAUAACAUUCCUGCUCCAAACAACACAUUUAAUACCAUUCUCACUAAAUUCAAGUUAAAGGGGCUUAAUAUUGUUGACCUUGUAGCUUUAUCCGGGAGCCACACAAUUGGAAAUGCAAGAUGCACCAGCUUCAGGCAGAGACUCUACAAUCAGUCAGGAAACAAUAAACCAGACUUUACGUUGGAAGAGUCAUAUGCCGCACAGUUGCGCACUAAGUGCCCAAGAUCUGGUGGUGACCAAAACUUAUUCUUCUUGGACUUUGUAUCCCCAACAAAAUUUGACAACAGCUACUUCAAAAACUUGUUGGCUUCAAAGGGUCUACUGAACUCAGACCAAGUUCUUGUUACUAAGAAUCAAGAAUCAUUAAACUUAGUGAAACAGUAUGCAGAGAACAAUGAGCUUUUCUUUGAGCAAUUCGCUAAGUCUAUGGUUAAGAUGGGAAAUAUUUCACCUUUGACGGGUUCCAGGGGAGAAAUUAGGAAGAGCUGCAGGAAGAUCAACUCCUAAAAUGCACAACUUACGUGGCAGCACGAGAAAACUAAUAACAUGUGGCUCUAUUAUUAAUAUUAUGUAUUUUCUGUUUUCUAGUUUCUUUCAACAUUCUUCUAGCUUUGUUAUUGCAUUUGUUCUUGAGGAUAUUAUAGCUUGUAGCUAUCCUGGUAGAUCAUCUUUAGUUGUUCGAGGAAUAUUUUGGUUUGUUAUUUUCAGUGUGUGGUAAUCAGAAUAAUGGGUUUAAUAGACGAAUAUUCCUGAAUUUGUU